CCCCUUGGGGCUUAUUUUUUACCUCGUUUAUUCAGCUUGGGUGGUUUCAUCCAUGUCUUUAACUUCAACUGCUGACUUCCAGACCUAUAACAUAUGUAGGACAGGCCUUUUUUAUCUUCAGACCCACAGGUCCUCCUGCUUGCUUGGCAUUUCCACCCGGAUGUUUCUUCAAAGACAUGCAAAAUAACACCUACAGCCUUGCCCCUCCCCAAACCUGCUCUUCCACAUACGCGUGUGUGGAUGAACGUGGCUACCCAGCUGACCAAGCGUGGGAAUCAAUCUUGGUGACACCCGAUCUUCACUUCUCAAGUCAGAUGGAUUCAGAGUUCUAAAUAGCCAUCCUUUAAAAAAAAAAAAAAAAUUGGCACUGCUGUUGUUCUAGCUUCAUUACCAAAGCAAUCGCAGUGGCAUACUAGCAGGUCACCUUGCCCCUCAUUUCAGGCAGAAUGAUUUUUCCAACAUAUGAAUUUGAACUUAACGUAUAAGUCUGGCCUACAGCUGUUGAGCACAGACUUUUGUAUGCACUGAAGUCCCUUGUGCUUUUUUAAAAAGAUAUGUAAAUUUUUCAUCCAAUCCAGUAAUGCUGAUUUCAUUAGAAUGGGGUGGAACCCAGGAAUCUGCAUUUUAAACAAAUGUCUCAUCUGAUUCCUAUAGGAAUCAUACUUUGAGAAACAGUGAUCUACAGAAUAAAGUCCAAACUUUUUAUCACAGCACCCAAGGAAUACCUGGCUAACGCAACGACCCACAGACUAUCAAAAGAAUGUACCAUUCUUGCCCAUGUCUACCUUCCAUAUGGCAUAUAUCCUUACCUAUCUACCAUACCUGCCUGCUGAGUCCUGCUCAUUCAGCUAAAGUAAUAUUUCCUCUAUGGAAACAUUGUAUGACUUCCUGGCAGUAAUAUACCUCGGGAUUUCCACACUGCCCCUUGUUCUGUUACAGUGCUUAUCUAUUGUACUGUAAUUAGAGGUCUUGUCUGACUCCUCAGUAGACUUUUGAGUUCCUACAGAUCUGAGACCAUAUUUUCUUCAAGGUUAUGUCUUCAGAGCAUAUUCCUGGAAGUAAAAGCUGAAUUUCACUGGAAUGUACUAGAAAUUCAAUAAGUGUUUGUUGAAUAAAGAAAACAUUUAUUGCAGGCCCCUGGGUGACAUAAUAGACAGGAUGGACCUGGUUGCUCCCCUCUCGUAUCACAAUCUAUGUAGAUAACCAGGACACUAUAAAAUAAAAUGCUCUCCAUUGUAGUUUCAGAGUUAUGUAUUUUACUUCUUCCUCCUAUGUGUGUCGGUUUCAGGCACAUGACUCAGGGGGUGGACGUGUCUGGUGUUUUCAUGGAAAUGGUGAAGGCCAGUGCCACUGUAGAUAUUGUUCAGAAGAAGUUGGUUUAUCUCUACAUGUGCACAUAUGCUCCUCUGAAGCCGGAUCUGGCUCUCCUGGCCAUCAAUACACUCUGCAAAGACUGUUCGGACCCCAACCCAAUGGUGCGAGGGCUGGCACUACGGAGCAUGUGUAGCCUCAGGAUGCCUGGUGUGCAGGAGUAUAUCCAACAGCCUAUUCUCAACGGUCUGCGGGAUAAGGCUUCAUAUGUCAGGAGGGUGGCAGUCCUUGGCUGUGCCAAGAUGCAUAAUCUUCAUGGAGACUCUGAAGUGGAUGGUGCCCUGGUAAAUGAAUUGUACAGUUUGCUACGUGACCAGGAUCCAAUUGUGGUGGUGAACUGCUUGAGGUCUCUAGAGGAAAUUCUGAAACAAGAAGGAGGUGUUGUCAUCAAUAAGCCCAUCGCCCACCAUCUCUUGAAUCGAAUGCCCAAACUGGAUCAAUGGGGCCAGGCCGAAGUAUUGAACUUCCUGCUACGCUACCAACCGCACAGUGAGGAGGAGCUGUUCGACAUUCUCAAUCUGUUGGACAGCUUUCUCAAGAGCAGUAGCCCAAGCGUGGUGAUGGGAGCCACCAAACUCUUUCUGAUCUUGGCCAAAAAAUUCCCCCAUGUACAAACGGAUGUGCUUGUGCGAGUCAAGGGAUCUUUGCUGGCUGCUUGUUCUUCAGAGAGCCGUGAGCUCUGUUUUGCUGCCCUCUGUCACGUGCGCCAGAUCUUGCACAGUUUGCCAGGGCACUUCAGCAGCCACUACAAGAAGUUUUUCUGCUCCUACUCGGAGCCACACUACAUCAGGCUGCAGAAGGUGGAGGUGCUGUGUGAGCUGGUGAACGACGAGAAUGUGCAGCAGGUGCUGGAGGAGCUUCGCGGGUACUGCACUGAUGUGUCUGCUGACUUCGCACAGGCUGCCAUCUUUGCCAUAGGUGGCAUUGCCAGGACUUACACAGAUCAGUGCGUGCAGAUUUUAACGGAGUUGCUGGGGCUUCGACAAGAGCACAUUACCACAGUGGUUGUGCAGACUUUCCGAGACCUGGUGUGGCUAUGUCCUCAGUGUGUGGAAGCUGUGUGCCAGGCCCUGCCCGGCUGCGAGGAGAACAUCCAGGACAGUGAGGGGAAGCAGGCGCUCAUUUGGCUACUUGGUGUCCACGGGGAAAGAAUUCCCAACGCUCCUUACGUGUUGGAAGACUUUGUAGAGAACGUGAAGUCAGAGACAUUUCCAGCUGUUAAGAUGGAGCUCCUCACGGCGCUGCUGCGCCUUUUCCUGUCGCGGCCUGCCGAGUGCCAGGACAUGCUGGGCCGCCUGUUGCAGCACUGCAUAGAGGAAGAGAAGGAUAUGGCAGUGCGGGACCGAGGCCUCUUCUGUUACCGCCUCCUCUCAGCUGGCGUUGAUGAAGUUAAGCGGAUCCUGUGCAGCCCCAAAUCCGACCCUUCUCUUGGGCUUUUAGAGGAUCAGGCAGAAAGACCUGUGAAUAGCUGGGCCUCGGACUUCAACACGCUGGUGCCAGUAUAUGGCAAAGCCCGCUGGGCAACCAUCUCCAAGCGCCAGGGGGCACAGCGUCGUGGCCCAGGGCUUCCCAAUACUGCAACCUUUGCCGCAUCAGGACCCCUGAUUCCUGAAGAGAACAAGGAGGGGGUACAAGAACUCCCCGAUUCUGGAGCCCUCAUGCUAGUCCCCAACCACCAGCUUACUGCUGAGUAUUUUGAGAAAACUUGGCUUAGCCUCAAAGUUGCUCAUCAGCAAGUGCUCCCUUGGCAAGGAGCAGUCCGUCCGGACACCCUCCAGAUGGCCCUGCAAGUCGUGAACAUCCAGACCAUCGCAAUGAGCAGGGCUGGGGCUCAGCCAUGGAAAGCCUACCUCAGCGCUCAGGAUGAUGCUGGCUGUCUGUUCCUAGUAGAGCUGCUGUGGGAGCCCGAGGACUCAGAGAUGCAGAUCUCCGUGAAGCAAAGUGAGGCCAGUGCUGAGACGCUGGGCAGUUUCAUUUCUGUAUUGGAGACUGUGAUUGGAACAGUUGGAGACAUAAAACCGUGACAGUCCUGCUGCCUGUCCCAAGUGAGAUGAAGAGCUGUCAGAGCUCUGUAGUUAUUCUUACUGCAGCUGCUUGUAAGUCCAGGUAAUAUCAAACACAGAGGAGAUUGGGAAAUCUAAGAACCAGGCUUCUUAGGUUUUUGUCCAAAGACCAUUGACUUACUCCUGUCAGACCGACUGGUGAAUGAAUGACCCCACUUUUCCAGGUGAUGUUAUAAAGGGUAGUGGUGGUGAGGGGGUGGGAGUGAUGGGUGUCAGGAUAGGGUGUGGAGUCUAUCGUGAUCAGUGCAACGGUGUUUUACCAAUUAAAGGCACCCGAUGUGUGCUGAAAA